UCCAUACAGCACCUGCACAGGCUGGAGCCCAAAGCACCUGCUUGGUGUGGGAGAGAAUCUUUCCAGGAAAUGGGUAUAAUGGGAAAAUGCAUUCCAAUGCACCCUAUCGACCCUCUGAAGGCACCAGCACCAUCAGCAUGGCUGUGGUCCUCGGGGACCUCCUUCUUUACUUACUGUAACCCAAUUGAUUUUACUGGGCACUCAUUCCCUGGUCUAUUUUAAGGUUUAGAUUUUAAGGAUCAUAAGUAAGAACAUAAAGCACUGUCAAGUAUUUCUGGAGUUUAUGACUGAGCUGGAAAGGGAACUCAAGAUCCUUUUAGCAAUUUACUCAGCUAGCAUUUUUAAAAAUCUGUUUGUCUGAAGGGGCAGAAAGAAAAUCAGGAGGGCAGCAACUGUAAUAAUCACUGAAUUUGCUUCUGGAUUUUUUCCCCUCUAUCUUCCAAAACCAAGUGUUACUGCCAAAGUUAAUCCUGAUUUCCUCUCAGAAACUGUCCACUGUCUCUUCCGUGGGCAGUGCUGAAAUAUAAUGCAAAUGUGAGCAGUUAAAAUACCUGAAGAAAACAAAAUCAGAUUGGUGUAGUAACUCAGUGACGUUUUCCCCCCGCCCUUCCUUACAAAGCACUGCUAUUUUACAGCAGUAGAAAUCCUUUCGGAGUUUUGUAGCUGACUCAGAGCUGCAAGAAGAAGUAAAGAAGAAAAAGAGAGAGAUUACUUUUCAAAAACACGAGCAGUUUCUUGCAGACAAGAUGACAUUUAUUGGCAUAUUUUUCUUCUGUAUGCUGAUGGACAUGCUAACAGAUGCCCGAUCCAUCCAGGAUGGAGAUGAUCUCUACGGGGAAGCUGCAGCCUUGCCCUACUGGCCCUUCUCAUCCAAUGAUUUCUGGUCCUAUGUGGAAUAUUUCCGGACCGUAGGAGCCUACAACAGGAUCAAUGACAUGGCCAGAGCCUUCUUUGCCCAGUUCCCUUUUGGGAGCCACCUUGGCUACCAUGUGCGUGACCACGAGCACUGAGUGCCUCCCUCAGCCUUGCCACAGCUGCUGCCCAGGUGUUUGGGUGAGCACCUGCCUGCCACUGAACACACCUGGGCUGCCUUCACCUGCUCUGUGACACCAUGGUCAUGUGCAGCAUUUUAUGGCUUCAGGACUCUCUUUUUUACCAUUUCUUGUAAAGGUGUUUGAGUGAACACCUGACUGCCAGCAAACUCUGUGCCUCAGCCACUAAGUGACACUGUAGCCACAUGCAGCAUCUCAGGCUUUGAAUUAAUCCUUUUUACAAUUUAUGCUUCUGUGUGAUACAAUAAACUUGUUCAUUCUGCUGCA